AUUAUACACUGCCGCCUCCCUCAGUCAGCUGUUUUCACGUGGAAACGGAGGAAUUCAAGAACAGCCCUGCUUUCCGGACCCGUGGUUAUAGUCUGCUCUGCCUUGAUCGCGACAUUUCGUCCGCUGCCUCUCACGUCAGCUGUGGAGUUGUGGAGACUCAUAGGAAGUGAAAAUCAGCAGUGGCUUGGGAAAGGGUGCUCAAGCGAAGCUCCAACUUUGUUGAUAGCUUUAACUUAGUUCAUAGUGUAUCGACAUUUAGCUAUAUGUUAAGCUAAUAUGGAGCGAUCAGAGUGUUGGGAAGCCUAUUGAACUGACCAGAUUAAGGCGUUUUGUCACAUAUAGCCGAAGUUACCUUUGCAGUAAACAGCGGUAGGCAGGUAACUUAGGAUAGAUAGAUACAAGCCGGAAGAACUCGCAGUACAGGUUGCUGUGUAGCCUAUGCCUUCAGAGCCUAACCAUUCGGACACCAUAACAUUCCCAGAUGCACUAGAUUAUUGAAUGAUUUUUAUACUUUUGCGAUUUUAUCCAGUGAAAAUAAUCAACCAUGACUGACAUGAGAAGAAAGAAGCUUUAUGUUGUCGUGGAUGUUCUAUGUGUGGUCGUGGCGGCGCUGCCAUUCAUCAUCAUGAACCUCGUGUUCCGGCCGUACCAGCGGGGCAUCUACUGCGACGACGAGAGCAUCAGAUACCCUCUGAAGCCCGACACCAUCACCCACGGUCUGCUGGCAGCCGUCACCAUCUCCUGCACUGUCAUUAUAAUAAGCUCUGGCGAGGCCUACCUGGUCUACAGUAAGAGGAUCCACUCCAACUCGGAUUUCAACCAGUACGUGGCCGCUCUGUAUAAAGUGGUGGGCACCUUCCUGUUUGGAGCCGCCGUGAGCCAGUCCCUCACCGACUUGGCCAAGUUCACCAUCGGGCGGCCUCGCCCAAACUUCAUGACCGUCUGCGCCCCAAAAGCCUGCAAAGGCUACGUGCCGCAGAUCAACUGCACCGGGGCCAUCCGGGACGUCACCGAGUCCAGGUUGUCCUUCUACUCCGGUCACUCCUCGUUUGGAAUGUACUGCAUGCUGUUCUUGGCGCUCUAUGUGCAGGCCAGGCUGGUGGCAAAGUGGGCCAGGCUGCUGCGCCCCACCAUCCAGUUCUUCCUGGUGGCGUUCGCCGUCUACGUGGGCUACACGCGCGUGUCCGACUACAAGCACCACUGGAGCGACGUGCUGGUGGGACUCCUGCAGGGAGCACUCAUAGCCUUGCUCACUGUGCGUUACGUGUCAGACUUCUUCAAGUUGCGUCCGCCUCGCUGUUCCAGCCCCGAGAUGGUAGAGAGCGACGCCCUGGAGCGCAAGCCCAGCAUGCAGAUGGCCGACUCCGAACACAACAACCAUUACACCUACCCUGGACCGGUGUGAGGCCUGCCGCCAGGCUCAGCCUAGCUCAUGCACGGAAACCCUCCCCCCACCCAACAGAGGCGUCAUGAUGGAGGGAGGUCUGCCACCUGGCUCUGCUGCGUCUCUCCUAACGGUUUUCGGUGCGUGACUCAAGCCUCUGACUCUCUCCCGUUUGGCUUGUGAACCACUCAACUACAAAUCCCAUAAGGCCACUGGACUGACUGGGGCAGAGUUAUUGUUGUUCUGAGAGCAACAGCCUUCCUGCCUUCCAAAAAAAAAGGACAUGACUACCUCCUCCCAAUGUAUGCUAGGAGGGGCUGGACUUAUGUUUUUACCUGAACAUCAUUAUUGAUGUUGUAAAAUUAGACUUUUAGGUGGAUUCCUUUUUUUAUGAUGGAGGUGGAAUUUUAAUGUAACCAGUUUUAAGGGGUGCCGAUGGCGGGCCUAGGACUGUACCAGAUGGACACUUUUACGCAUUUAGCUUUUGGGGUGAAAAUGGAUGAGCUCUUUGCACAUUUUGUCUGAACGGUUGUUUCACACUUAAUCACGAAGCUUCACGGUAUGGAAUUAAAGACCAAUGUAAGGUCCAGUCUAUAUUUUUACCAUCAAAAUAACAUUACAUUCAACAUUUGAUAUUUGAAGCUAACUGUUCAUGGUGUCUUUUAACCUUUUUUAUCACUUUCUUUUUUUUUUCAAAGUAAUGCAAGUAAUGCAUUUCACCAGAUCGAGCAUCAAAGUUCUCAUGCUUGUCACAGCAUGAGCACACCUGGCUCUAAUACGAAUUCUUUGUUAAAAAAAAAAAAAAAAAAAAAAAAAAAAGAGGAACUCCCAUCUACGGCGGUAUAGCCAGCUCUUUCAUUGCACCUUAGGCAUCUGGUCUAAGUCACAGAGACUCCCCUUGUUUAGAGGUUCUUUGAUGUCUGCUCUCCUGUGUACAGCCAAUGAGAUCUAGGCUGGACAAGGGAGACACUACGUCUGUUGUGUUUUUUUUUACGGUUUCCAUCAUUCAAGGUCCUCAAAAGCUAUAUACCACUACAUCACACACAUUACAUUCACCAUUGUUGUUGCCCUUAUAGACAUCAGAGUUAUCUUCCGUCUUGUGUUCUGUCAAGUGGGAGUGAAAAUGAAUCAGGGUUUUAAAGGCUAGAGCAAUGAUCUGUUCACUGGUCGUUUCCCAAGUGAAGGUUGAGCAUAAAAUGUGUCAUUUACUUAUUUUGGGAAUUAACAUCUCGGAUCACUAGGUUUGCUAGGAAAUAGAGGUUUCUUGUGCACAAUCAUCUACACUCUACAAUCAUUUUUACUUCUAUUUUGGGCCAGAUUUUCUAAAACCGUUGUGGCACUAAAGACUCAUCAUUAGUGUGCGAUGUGUAUGUCUCUGUCUGUCUAGCUGUCUUUCUAUCCCACGUUUUAUGAGAAUACUGGCACUACAAUGUUGUUAAGAAAACUAAGCCCAGCCAAAUGACUUGUAACCCUGUAAAGGACUUGCAUUAACUCUGCGUAUAUACUCUCACCACUAUUAAAACAUAUUUUGACCAAUCUCUCUCACAGACAAUAUACAGUUUAGAAAAGACUCAAUGCACAUACACUCAGUGUAUAGCCAUAGCACGCAGAAAUAGUUGCAUGCAUAUUGAUGAACACAACUGUUUUAAUUUCCCUUCAUCUCCCUAUCCAUUACGUUUGUUCUGAAAUCAUAAUCUGUAGUUGUUUGGAACUUUGCUCAUCAGACCAUCUGGCAGGAGUGUAACAUUUUCUCUGUUCUGGUUUACUGUCUUAAUUGCCUUUUUUCCCCUAAGGAUCGUGCUAAAGACUAAACACUAAUACAUCUGUGCAGAAAAUGUCAUGUCUGUUAAGGAAGAACCAUUUCCAAAACAAAGUCUCUGAUUCAUCAAGCGAGUCUAACCUGUGUAUUACUGCUCCUCUGAAGAAGAGUGCCAAUGUAUCUGUAAACUCAUUUUAUUUUGGACUUUCUGCUAAUUUGGCAUAAUUGAUGACCUGCCGGUAGGUGUGUUUUAAUAGACUACAGUUCUUUACACUAUAAUAACAAAUGACCCUGGAACUGUGCCUUAUUAUAGUCAUUUUCCAACUGUUGUACAUAAAGUUGCACAUUUAUUUAAUUACACAAAUAAAACAAACAACUUUGAA